UAGAGUUAACAGAUAUCGCCGCACUUGGCGGGCGUGGUCGUGGCUGAUGGAUCGCGAGAGAUGUGGGUUGUGCCGCGGGGGCAACAGCAACACCUGUAAGAUAAUGCACUUAGAAGUGUGUAAGUUGUCCGCGCAAUGGACCAUGUGAUCAACCUGCAGCCCCCCCUUCUAAUAUGACAAUGAUGACCACCGAGCUGCAGGCGGCGCACGAGGAGGUGCGCCGCAAGGCGCAGUCCAUCGCGGAGGUGCUUGCGUACGUGACCGAAAUGAAACACCGCUACGAGCGGGCCAUCGAUGCACGCGAGGUGGAGCUAAAAACGGAAAUCGAAUCCCUGGUGCGCCAGGAAAAGGCAGCGGUGUUGGACCGGGAAAAGGGUUUGCUGUUACCGUUGCUGCCACUAUUACAAGAAAAAGUGUUUACGUUUACGGUUUUCCUUUUUUUGGAAAAAAAUUUUUUUGUGGCUACUCAGCACUACCAAUUUCGAUUUUUUUUUUCUCGCAGCCGCGCAGCGAUGCCCUUCGCCCUUUCGGGGCUCUGAAUUAGUAAAAUUGUCGGGAAGCAGCUCGCGCGCAAGAUGCGAAAACUAUGAAGCGCCGCCGUAAUAUUGCGCCCCUUUAGACCUUGAAAGAGCUGCCCAAGCCCUGUCCGGGCUCCAGGGCAAUGGUGGCCGUAAGCAAGUGGCCCAGGGCCCCAGGCACUGGUGACGAGAUCCGCCCCCGAAGGCGUCGUAACGAUCGACACCGGAGAGGGACCUGUUUGGGUGAGGGGAAAUGGAUCAUGGCAUGCUGUCUAGAGAUGACGUUUACGGUUUUUUAGGGUAGAGGAGAAAUCCGAGGAAAAAAGCAUCAAUUUGGUACCAUUUCGAGGCCAAAAAUUGCAAAUCCCAGAAAAACCGCAAACACCUUACCUAGACUGCGCGCUAUGAUCCAUUUCCCUCCAGUCAAACUGGGGCAAGCACGCGAGCACACUUUUUGGACAGGGAAAUCGAGCAUAGCGUGCUGCCUAGAGAGCAUGUUUACGGUUUUUGGGGUCGAUUUCAUACAAAGCAGCACGUUUUCGGAGGGAUGGAUCGAUCAUACCAUCGUGGUUAGGUAACAUGUUUACGGUUUUUUGGGUGCCGGCAAAUUUUGGGCUUUUUGGUACCCAAAAUUUGCCAAUUUCCCACAUCCUCAAAAAUGCGACUUUUUCUCCAGUCAUGGGGAAAAUUUGGCUAGAAGUUCCAAAAGUUCCGAGAUGGAAGUUAGGAAGGCCGCACAGCGAUAAAGUGGUGGUGAGGCCAUGCAGAUGCCAGCUCUUAGACUCACAAGUCCGAGCCACAGCCACUCCUCGGGGCUGGACCGUCCUGACCCGGGUCCAAUAGCCGACGUUGAGGGAAAGGCACAGCAUCAGGUGGCUCCGGUGGGCGACAUUCCGCGUCGCCAUACCUUGCGCACUGGCUAGAUCCAACCCAGUGAGCUACUGCAGAGUCCCGCAAUAGCUAACAGAGUCAACGAGCCAAUUUGAAUGUGUAAAAAAUGCCCCCAAUGCACAGCCAAAAAAUUUUUAAUCCAAAAAACGACAAACCGUAAACGUAAACACUUUUUCUUUCGAUAGCCACAAAAGUCCAGAUGUGCGGCGGCGUUGGUGGAAAUUGAAAAGUUGCUGCACAAGGUAAAAAGAUUGGUUUGGUCGUUUAGUUUUAGGGCUUCGUGUGUUCAUCUUGAAAGUGCUACCCCUGCUCAUCAAUGAAUGUGUUUGUCAUAGUUUUUCUCUAUUCGUCGAUAAUUAUCAGCGGCGAGAGAGCAAUUCGUGAGGCCGCGGCAACUACAAACACCAACUGUUAGGUCCACGCCGCCGAAGCGGGCACUCCGUCUCUUCAUCCCGCAGACAAGGCGCAACUCGCGGACGAAGUGAAAGCGACGCUAAAAGCAACCGAACCGACCCGACGGGGAACGGACCUGGCACAGCUCCCCGUCGACGACCUGGUGUCGCAGUGGGAAAAAAUCCCGUCCUGGCGCGUUGUCGUUGCCCCGCCGGAACGGGAAGUAAUCAUGCCGACCUACUACAAGUCAAGGAUGCUGCAGCAGCAGAGAAAGGGAACCCAGCAACUCUACCAGCGGCCGCUUUCUUCGAAAGCGCGGAAGCACAAAAGAGACCCGAAUGUUGACGGCAGGGCGGCUUACUCGGAGCAAGGCGGCGCGUGGGUGUAUGAAGACUUGCUGCACGCGCAAAAGCAGGAUGAGAGGGGAAACGCAAAUGAGGUUUUUGACCAUGAGUUUGAGUCUGGUUCUGCACAGCUCCUUCACGGCGAUCCGUACGAAGGGACAAGUGCGGGCCUGCUACAUACAAGCUUGACAGCGAAACGCCCGGCGCAUGCUGGUGGUGGCAAAUCAUCCUCGAAGAAGCAGGUGCGGGGGCAGGAGCACUACGAAGUAGGCCCCAGCGAUAGUACAAUAUCGCGACCCCAGCCCGACAGAUCAGGAAGAAGUGGCGCAGCACCAUCCUCUUCACAUCAGCAGUACACGAGUAUGGAGCACCAGGUACAUGAUCACCGAUUUCAGCCGCCCACUCGGCGUGGAGGUGGUGAAUCCAGUGGGCGUGCGCUUUCUUCUUCCGCUAGAUUUGUAUCCGAGGGGGCACAGCGACAGCACGAGCACCAACAUUCUCAAGGACCAGGCGGUGUUCCAAAGGCGCGCAGCGCGUGGGAAAGAACAUCAGAGGCAAGAAGCAGGCCGAAUAAGCACAACAAAUACAGCAGCAACAUCAGCGCCAGCGGAAAGUACCCCGGACUUGCUGCUCAGCAUCCACUUCCGGGCAAAUCCCUACACGACCAGCAACUUCUUUUGCGCGACCAAUCGAUCUCCAGCUUGCGACCGCAGAGUUCCAAAGCGCGGAAACACAAGCGGGUGUUUCUGCGUCCGGCGGAAGUGGAGGAGGAUCAAUUUGUGUUUUACGACAAUGCCGUGGAGGAGGAUCAGUUUCGGGGGAGGAAUUUACUGGUCAGCAGGACCGGACCGUUGGAGCUCGCGGACAUCGACAUCAGUGACGAUGAGAGUGACGACGAGGAUGGGUCGGUAUUGUCGGGGGGAAAGGAAGAUUUCCUGGUGAAAGGUAUAGAGUUUGUGUUUGAUACUUCGCUUCUGAUUAAUAUACCGAUAGCAGAGCAGCUGUGUAGUACAAGAAGAAGAACGAUGAUUGAUGCGGAUGCGGGAGUUGUCACAUCUCGCCUGCGCGAAAAUUUCCGAGAGUCAGCCAUGUGGAGUGGGAAAAGUAGUAACACUAACCAGGGAAAAUAUAAUUAUGAACAGGUGGCUCCAAUGUUCCCGUGCUUGCUCCGCCAUCCGAAGACGAUGCGAGUGUGGAUCCAGGCAGAACAGAUUUUCCUAGUGGUAGGGGCGCAGGCGCUCCUGCAGACGCAGUACUAAAGCAGCGCACCGUUUCGAGUGUAGUACCACCUUCACAAGACGCAACGCCUUUAGCCGCGCCCGCAACAGACACUGUCGCGGAAAGCUAUGCACGGGAGUCGGAGAGGAAAGUUCGAGAGUUCUUUCUGAACAAACAGCAGGAAAAGAAGUCAAGGGGCCCGGAAAGUAGAGCGGAUGGUGGCGGUGAGCAUGACAAAACUGCUCCGAUUUCGUCUUCCAGUAGCAAUGCUGACGCGGACUUUGUCCACGUCUCUGCAGUUGAGGAGGAGGGCGGUGGGGGCGGACGCGACGAGAAAGUAGACUCAGACCUCGCACCAGAGCAAAACACGUUUGUCAGCGCGACCUCUCCGACAGCGAACGCGUCGGAGCAAGCAGCGAAGACAUCAGCUGUGCCUCCAGAACCUCCCGAAACUACCUCGAAACAAAACUACGAACGCGCGUCAUCAUCUUUUUGGAAAACUACAGCUGAUCAGGAUGAAACCGAUGACCCGGCGCCCGCGGAGAAGAUUCGAAAGCGGAAAAGCCCUCGCAGAUCGCCACACCGUGCGCAUGACAAGGCCGCCACCAAGGAAGAUGCUAGUAGGGAAAAACCUGAAACCAGACAAAACAUUGAGCGUCUCGAUUUUUCCUACAACGAAGACCUUGACUAUUCCGCGCCGGACAAGGUUGAGAGCUUACUCGCGGAAGUGGAUUCCGCGCUGCAGCAGAGCAACGCCAAUGCGUCCUUUAUCUCCGCCGUGUCGAUGAAAUUUUCCCCGAAAAGGCGGAAUCAGAGUGCGGAAGAUUUCCGUGCGUCCGCGGAGGACAUCAUUGCGCAGAUACGGGCUGGUAUAGACCUGUUCUUUUGUUCGGAUGCUAGUCAUUAGUAUUGAGACGAGUGAAUGUGAAAUAAUGACCACGCUUCUCAUAACUAGACGCGCGUAGAAUUAUGGUGAAAAUUAAAAUUUAUGUUGCAGAUGAUGUAUCAGUAUUACCCUUCACUUUCACAACAACUUCUCAAAACUUCAGGCCAUAACCCGUCCGACGGUCAAGCACAAGAUCCGGGCCACCUCCCCCCGGCGGAGCAAGUAGAUCGUCAGCAGUCCAAGGACGACGAUUUCAUUAUCUAUGACGACGAGGACGAUUCUUCUGAGGGCGUGGACCAACAGGACGUGGAAAUCAGAAACCACCUCGAAGAGUACUACCAACGGCACCCGGGCCGGAGAAGACCGACCACGUCGAGAACGCCGGUGACUGGUACAACUUCUGGGAGUGGAGUGGUUAUGUCGGCGCCGGCCACCGCGCACCCGGAGUCAAGGGCUGUGAAGGAAAAAGAUUUAUUGGCUUCUGGUGGAACAAGCUACCUUGUUGAAGAUUCGCGAGGACGAGGAGGUGGUGGAGCGCGUAAGUACCAACACCAAGUCGUAGAGCCUGCUGCGACCACCUCUCGCACUGCUCCUCUGGGUCAACAGCAUUUGUUCUAUCCCAGCGCCACGAACAGUUCUACUGCCGCAGGUGCUGUCCAUUCCGGACCCGGACGGUCCCAAGCGCAAGGCGUGUCCUCCUCUUCACCGCAGGCACAGCCCACUACUUCUGCAGCGAACCAUUCGACGACGCGGUACCAGGCCAAGCCCCUCGCUGGUCAUUCGUACUUCGGAACCGCAAAUACAACGAGCACAAUGCCAGCGUCCUCCUCCACCACCAGCCCUCGACCGCUGCAGGUCCAAUCCUCCUCAAGACCGGGGCCGGCAGCUUCUUCCUAUGAGAACUCUCGGACUCUGCAAGCCGUCCCCGGCGAGCAGAAUUUCGAAAUCAAACCGACUUUCAACUGCUACGUGCCUGGGAAGGAGAUGCCCGGGCUGCCGCCGGUCCUCCAGGUCGCCGUGAAUCUGACGAAGAACAAGCAGAACAGUGUAGGCGAGGUGAUUCAGGCGUUGAAGGAACAGCACUACGCGCUUUUGGCGUCCGGGACAAAUUUAAAUUCGGGCUGCAAUGGUGGUGGUGGUAACUCGAGUUCGAAAAAGAAAUCCUCCUCGUUGCAGCUUACGCUUUGCCUCCGAACCCACGAAUCCGGCACGCCGAUCUGGUUGUGCGAUUCAGAAGUGGUGCAAGACGUUUUGCGCGAAUGGAAGCCGGUGUCGGAUCCUGGGGUGGAUUGGCCGAGGCUUUACUUGCAGCCAAUUUGAGUUCCUGGAGGAAAGAUUGGGGCGGUCAGACUCUUUGACGUUACAAUUCGUGACCGAGGAUAUUGAUAUCCCAGGCUCAGGCAAACAUUGACUAACAUUUAAACAUAAACUUAAGCUAGUUUCGAUGUCUUUUACGAUUCACGCAGCACAUGCAGCUUUGCUGCGUGCUUCUACGCGUUUGGUUUCUUUCUGAAAAUAGUUCAGUGUUGUGGUUUCUUUUUCAAGAUGAAGAGUGGAGUAUCAAUAUCUCACAAAAAGAAAAAGGAUCUACACCAGACCCAGAGGCGCGUCGCUUCCUACUACGUCGCGGCCUCUAUCUGUUCUCAAAGCGAAAUUAUUUUUCAUCGUGCGAAGUUUAAGUUUUGUAUUGCUGUCACGUGUAUUUGGAACUACAACUACCACGAGAGGCGUGUUGUCGCGUAGACUCACACGCGACGAUAAAGACCAAGAAACUGAAACAGGUCCGGGAGGAGGAGCAACAGAGAGAUGAGGAUCACAGCUCAGUCAG